AUGGGGGCAGGUGCGUACCUUGAGCCACUGGUGGUAGUGAUCCUACUUUUUGGCGGAGCCUGGAUCAAUAGAUCCAGGGAUAAUGUCUUCUCUGCUACUCCUGUGCGUUGGCGCAGUGCGUACGACCCGUUCGACCCGUUCAGCAAAGAUGAGAAAGAUCUUGACAUAGACAAUGCUCGUCUCACUGCAGCGAAGCGAUCACUUUCUCCCUCCCUGCUAUCAUCGCAAGAAAGCAAGUGGCGCGACCGCGAGAUCUACAUCUUCGGAUAUAGAAGAGUGGUGCAGACUCCCAAUACUGCUGUCUUUCGCAAUCGCUUUCUGAGCAGAGUGUUGUUCAAAUUGCCCUUUCUAGCCGAGGCGUGGUACUGGGCCCUGAUUUAUUGGGUAUACCAGCUCGGUCGGGCGUUCACAGCUGUGACAAUUGUCGAAGGAACAGUCCACGUUGCCCGCAAACACGCAUUGCAACUUAUCGAAAUUGAGAAGCGAUGGCACGUCUUUUGGGAGCUCCCGAUCCAGCAGUUCUUCAUGUCGUACCCGACGCUGAUGAGGUCGAUCAAUUGGUUGUAUUCAUUUAUCCAUAUUCCCGGAACGAUUGCGUUUCUAGUCUGGUUGUUUUACUACACCAUAACCAGCAACCGGCGUCAUGUGCAAGGCUGUCAGUCCGUCGGCUCUCCGGCAGGCCCCUCACUAUACGAAGCUCGCCGCAGGACCAUGGCUGUCUGCAAUCUGUUGGCAUUCGUCGUUUUCACCCUAUGGCCUUGUAUGCCUCCAAGGUUGCUGAGUGACCCCGAGUAUCAGGGUGCUGAUGCAAUUCUGGCACAGAGCUACGGCUUCGUUGACACAGUUCAUGGUGCGGAAGGUGCCAGCAGUGUCUGGACCCAGAACAAGUUUUGCAAUCAGUAUGCUGCCAUGCCGUCACUGCACUUUGGCUACUCGCUUUUGGUCGGCAUUACGAUAAUGACCAUACCAAUGGCGCCAACCCAUCGACGUUCGCGAGCGAUUCAGCUUCCUCUCUUCAAUCAGAGCCACCCGGAUCUGGCACCCCGCAUUCGUCUGCCACCAGCUAGGCGUCUGGCAUGCAUUGCAAUAGGCUGCGCAUACCCAACAGCAAUUUUGGUCGCUAUUGUUUCAACUGCAAACCAUUUCAUCCUGGAUGCCGUUGCUGGCGCACUGGUGUGCUUCAUUGGUUGGAAUAGCAAUAAAAUCCUGCUCAAUUUGCUGCCCAUCGAGGAUUAUUUCUUGUGGUGCGUUAGGAUACAUAAACCCAGCCACCGGCUCUCUGAAGCAGCGGCCCACGAGAAGAGGGCUGGAUGGAAUCCGAAUGGCAACGCCGCAGCUGUCAGGUGA